AUGCGACCAUCACUAGCCCGGCACACGCAAUCGACCCUGGAAAGCAUCGAAGGGAUUUUGAGUAAAUCACCCACUCACACAAACCCCUCCAUCCAAGAUUUAGAGUCACUGCGCCCGCGCCAACUGCCGACGCAGCUGCAAGACAAGAUAAUUCUCUACGACACCGUCCACAAGCGGCUAGAUAAUGCAUUUACUAAAUCUCAAUUACGUCACUUGAUAAAGGAGCUUGAGAUGCAGCCAGGGAGCAAUCUCAAUAAGCGUGGGCUAGUUGAUAGAUUAUUGAGUAGAUGGGGAGUGUAUUCGCAGCAGCACCUCACCAAAGUCAGUCAACAGGAGACAUUGCGCCGUUCAGAGGCCAAACACACUAUCGCGCUGCCCAGCCAUGCCCUCUUUCUUCUCCUUGGUCAGGACGGGCAGCAGCAGCACCGUCUCAUUUCGUCGCCCUUCAAUGUACGCGUGGGGGUGGUACGCGUACCCAAGCUGGCGCUGUCCAUCGUAGGCUCGAACGAGGGUGUUGGUCGAGCAACUGAGUUUCUCGACAGAUUCGUACACAAUACCCAAUCAGCCAGCGUGCACGUGCCGGAUGCCGUGAAGAGACUUUCGAAGAGUGCACUAUUGGGCAUAUCGCGCAUCACUCACACUUACCUCGAUCCAGCUAGCCUGGGGAGCGAUACGGUCGUCAUGUACGCUCACCAUCAACGUAAUCUCACUCUCGCAACGCGUCUCCUCAACUCACACCUGAGAAGGGACAGGAGGGGGUGCGAGGUCGUUAAAACACUUCUGCCAGCUCUUGCACUCAACGCUCACCGCUCGCUCACCCUCCUCCCGUUCGAAUUGCGCGAUGAAAGACCUUGGGACUUGGUCGGGAUGGCGUAUCAGCUGGGCCUGCAGUUGGAUGGCAGUGAUAACUCGAUGUCGCACAUGCAACACGAUCUCAACAUUCUCACUCCUGAUGACCUCUUUAAUGGAUGUGAGACACUCAGACAUUUUAAUUCUGAUUCUGAUUCCGCGCUGGUGAAUGAGGAAAAUGCGAAUAAGGAGGUGAGGGUAGAAAUAGAACUCGGCCACUACUUAUACCUCGACCAACACGACACAUCCGACUACACCGCCAAAGCUGAUGUGGAUGUGACGUCUCUGCCCACGCCACGCUUCGUGCCAUCGGUCAACCCGGCCUCGCUAAAGAUUCCGCUGAAAGGAGCAGACUAUUCGCCGCAAUUGAGGCUGACGUAUACGGCAGGCGGUGAGGGCACACGGGAAGGGACACAGCGGCAAUUCACCACUCUCCUCAGCACAGCGUCAGAUGGUCAACCUUCACUACACCAGAGCAUCUCGGCCGUAAGUAUUGAAGGCCUCGUCCUGCCUGGGUUGCCCACCGAUGCGCGCGUGAGCAGGUACACGCGCAGUGAGUCGUCUCUCCUCGGCCUGGAUGUGGAGCUGAGGCGGUGGAUUGAGGGGGUGAGUAUGGGUGAAAGUCUGGGUGAAAAUGGAAAUGGAAAUGAAAUUGAGGAUGCUAGCGCUAGUUUGAACGCUUCAUACGGCUCAAAUAUACUACCCCCUCUCGCGCUCACGGAUGAACACGGCACACAGUGGUAUCUCGACGAACACUCCCUCCUCAACUCCAACUCAAGCAGCAAAGACAACACUAUUGCACCUGGUGUGACACUCACUCGGGAGAGUGUGCUGGAUGGGGAGACAAACGAGACGCACGAAUGCGCUCGGAUCUCUCUUAGUCUGGAGGGCAUUCAGGGGUGUACAGUGGACAGAGAGUGUAGAACGCGUAUGCACAGCCUCCUCACCCAGAAAUGGUCCUUUGUGUAUGACCACAUGAGGUGGAGCAGGCCGCCACGGGAGUAUCAAAGUGAGAAGGAGAAUGAGCAGGAGAAUGAGCAGGAGAAUGAGCAUGAAAAUGAACAUAGAUAUAAGCACAAUCACGAUGAAUAA